AUGACGACGAAGAGCAUCGAAAGUCCGCACCGGCGGCGGGCAGGGGAGGUUGCCGGACGUACGGCGGCGGAGUGCGCCACGGUAUGUUGCUGUUUUCCGUGCGCGGUGGCGCACUUUCUCGUAUUGGCAGUGUACAAAGUUCCGACGGGAUUGUGCCGGAAAAUGUGGAGAAAGAAGAAUCAGAAAAAGCUUUUGAAUAAUAAUAAGAAGAAGAAUGAGCCCAAAGGUGCCUAUGAUAUCGUUGCAAAUGAGAAAAAUGGCGGCGGCGGUGUUGGAGGCGGCGGCGGAGGAGGAAAGCCAGUGGUGGCGGAAUCUGAAACGGAGAUGUGGGGCCGGUUUUAUGAAGGUGGAUUUUUUAGGAGUGCAUCAAAGAAGAAAGAAGAUUAA